CCUUCCACUUUCUCAUUUAUGAAAACUUGAUUCCUCGACAACACGAGCUCCCACAGGCUGCCCUUUGUUGGAUCGAGCGUGUUCUGGCUGCUGUGGGAACUUUCACCACAGCGUCGUUGGAGGGAGGGGGGAGCUUCGGAAGCCUCCAACAGAUUCACUCAAACGGAGCAGUCCGGUUCGGAGCUUCGGGAUGUCGGCUGUGAAGGCUCUGCAGCAGUGGUGCCGGAUCCGCUGUGAGGGAUAUCGGGAUGUGAACAUCACCAACAUGACCACGUCUUUCAGGGACGGUAUGGCGUUCUGCGCCCUCAUCCACAAACACAGACCUGACCUAAUCAACUUCGAUUCCCUGAAGAAGGAAAAUGUGUAUGACAACAACAAACUGGCAUUUGAGGUUGCUGAGGUGGAAUUGGGAAUUCCAGCGCUGUUGGAUGCAGAAGACAUGGUGGCUCUUAGGGUUCCUGAUCGACUCAGUAUCCUGACAUACGUCUCGCAGUACUAUAACUACUUCCAUGGACGCUCCCCGAUCGGUGGUUUGGGAGGUAUUAAACGCCCUGCUGAAGAUCCCACAGGGGAACCGUCAGGAAAGAAGAACCAGCCUGUGACAUCGAAAGUGUUUCCCUCUUCAAAACCUGCAAGAGAGAACAGCCCGCCCCCCUCCUCCAACAUCACACAGCCCACUCCUUCCCCAAAACAAACCCGACAUACAAAACAGGUUGUUCCUGUUGAGAAACCCCAUCAGGCAGGCACUCUGAGUAACAAAUGUGUGUUCUGUAACAAGCAUGUUCACCUGGUGCAGCGACAUCUAGUGGACGGGAAGCUCUAUCACAGGCACUGUGCAAAGGCACUGCCAACUAAAAACACAAUGGCACCACUCAGAGAUCUACCCACAAACACCCCUGUUUCCAAAUUCGCUCCUUUACCAGACACCACACAAACCAACAUGACCACUAAUACACCCUCCAGACCAGGACCAGCAUGGAUGUCAGAGAAACCCAGCACCUCUCCUUCUUCCGCCUCAACGAUCUCUACUUUCUCUCCCUCCAAAACUUCUUCCCCUGCUGAAAAAGAGAGUCAGUCCUCUUUAAUAGUCUCCAAACCUUCACAAAUGACUCCCAUCACAACCACCUCCAUCAACACAACGCCCAUUCCUGCUCCUCGUAUCUCAACCACGGCCGCUAAGACAAUGCAAGCCAAGCUCAAGUUCUAUCAGUCGGAUAACACCGCUAAAGAGGAAGAAAAAAAGACUACAACCACAGACAUUGACUUAAAAAAACAGCUGAAUGGGACUGAUAAAGUUAACACAACUAGUGACAAAGAAAAAAAGUCAACAACCACAUACACUGACUUUAAAAAAUACCUGAAAAUGACUAAUAAAGUUAACGCAACUAUUGACAAGGAAAAAAAGUCUACAACCACAAACACUGACUAUAAAAAACAUCUGAAUGUGUCUGAUAAAGUUAACACUACUAUCGAAAAAGAAAAAAAGACUACAACCCCAAGCAUUGACUUAAAAAAACACUUUAAUGAGACUGAUAAAGUUCACAAAACUAAGGACAAAGAAAAAAAGACUGCGAUCACAAACACUGACUUUCAAAAACAUCUGAAUAUCACUGAUAAAGUUAUCACCACUAACGAUGAAGAAAAAAAGACUACAACCAUAAACAUUGACAUAAAAAAAGACCAACAUUUUGCUGAUAAGAACCAGGAGGCCUCAGUGGGACAGGCUGUGACUGUGGUUGUAAAUUGUGGUGGCAAAAAAGGAGAAAAUGUAAGCUUGAACACAGUCGGAGAAAAGACGAAAACAGCAACUGCAGGUGGAGAUUCAGGAAUGGUGAGUGAGAGCAGUAAGGCGAAAGCUUCAGCAGCUGCCUUCAUCUCCAAAACACUGACAGAGGAGAGCAACAAUAACAACAGUAAACCAUCAUGGACGAAUGUAGUGCUAAAGAAAACUGAAAAACCUUCUCAAGUGGAGACUCCAAAGAAGGAGAAGGAGGGAGACAGAGGGAGGGUGAGGCUGAGGCUGAGAGCAGAUCCAUCAAUCCUGGCUGAUCUACAGACUCCAGAGACCCCAAACUCUGCUCCGACCCUAGCAGGAACAAGUGGACUUGGAGCCAGAACUCCAGACCCAAGCGGCUCAAAGUCUAACAGCGUUUCACCAAACAGAUCAGCAGCAUCAGAAAACAAAGAUACUCCAGCGGACUGGCGGUCCAAGCUCAAACCCGUCUCUAAAGAAACAAAACAGACUGGCCCUCCACAGUCCACGCCUAAACCAUCGACUAAUGGAGGUGCAAAGUCACAGACUUCAGGGCUUUCAGUUGGGCCUUCACCAUCCACUCAUCUCUCCGACCCAAGCAUUUCUGUCACUCCACCAGCAUCAAAGGAAUUCCUGAAUGGUCAGAAAGGUCUCACUACAAAUGGCUCCAAGUCGGAGUCAAAGAUUAUCAAGUCAAAGCCAGACUACAUUCAGAAAGAGGACAUAAUAAAGGAACUGAAUGAGAUUGAGGAUAACUUGAACGAGUUGGAGGAGAGGGGAGUGGAGCUUGAAUUGAAGCUUCGCAGCAGUGAGGAGGAGGGUGAAGAUGACUCUCUCAUGGAUGAAGUCAUGGUCGAGUGGUUCAACUUGAUCAGGAACAAGCAGGUGGCCAUACGUCGGGAGUCUGAACUAGUCUACAUUGGAAAAACCCAGGACCUGGAGGAACAGCAGCCCAGUGUUGAACAGGAGCUCAGGAGACUGAUGGAGAAACCAGAACGACUAAAAACAGUAUUGGACAAGAAGAGAGAAGAGGAGCUCAUGGCCAAACUGAUGGAGAUCGUCAAUGACAGAAACGCUAUUGUCGAGGGUCUGGAUGACGACAGACUCAGGGAGGAAGAGGAGGACGAAGAGCUUGACAAGAUGAUGAGGAAUUUCAGUGUAAAGAAAGACAAACCGAAGAAGAAAUCUCCGAUGUCCAAACUGUUCGGCUGGGGAAACAAGAAGGAGGGAUAAUGCUCUAAACACAGGGCUGCUACUGUAUACUUUGAUGUUUUUUUUGCUCUAGUUGUAGUCUUAAUGUCAGCAUACUAAGGCUGUGAUUCAGGGGAUAACAUAGAGAGAGAGAGAGAGAGAGAGAGAGUGUGUUCUGUCAUUUUAAGUGCUUAUAGAAGAAUGCCCUUCCCUCUGUCGAGUGCAUCAAUCAAGAUCUGACGUUCCUCCUGCCUGCCAGUGCUACACACACCCAAACACAGAUGAUGUUGAGGGGUUAAUGACUCACCAGCAGUGAUGUGAUUGGGUUCAGUGCUCCAGUUGUUAGCUUUAAUACCCUUCUAGUCUUAAUCUGUCUACUUAACGCUGUCAAACACGAAACACACACACAGACACUCACAUUUCUUCUCCUUAUAUAUACUCCAGAUGCUAAUAUGAGUUAAAGAACAGAGGUCAGGCAGCUGCUUACAUAUCUCCAGCGACUUUCUGUCUGACCCUGUUGUUGUAAAUACCAUGUUGAACUGCAUUUCUCUUUAUUUCAAAGGUCUUCCUCUGUGUCACGUUGAGAACAAAACACAUUUUUAUUGGACGACAGCAAGUUUACUAGGACAGUUAUUGAUAAGGUGAAAUUUUUUCUUCAUAACCUUUCGAUAUAUAAGAGCAAUUUUCGGACAAAAGGUUUUACUGUAGCCUAUAUUUGGGGGUUUAGGAGUUGUAAGAGGGUUUACAGGAAAACAAUUGGCAGAGAACCAUUAUUUUGUUGCAAGAAAUAAUUAUAACAUUUUCUUUUAAUAUCAGGCCUAAAAGAGCCGGAGACCUCAGAUGUCAGGCCAUGCCUGUUUAUAUGAUAUUAAACAGACAUGGCCUUAUUUUAAUGGGGUUUAAUCCAAAAAGGGCAGAAUGCACUUGUGUGCCUGCAAUCUGAUUGAAGUUAUACUUACUGAACAUUCAUUCAGAGCUUUCAGCUGCAUGUAAAGGUAUAAAGAGUGACAAGAGUCUUUGAAAAACUCCAAAUUAUCACUACGAGUUCUUUAAACUCAGAUUAUCUUCACUGUAUACUACUUUAUAAAUUUUUUAAAAAUCAAAAUAACACUCUUUUGGCUUAAUGUGUUUUAAUGCUCAAAUGUCUUUUUGUUUUUCCUUUUUCACUUUGAGUCAUGUUUGACUGCAGUUGAACGGCUGUGUGUUUAAUCAAGUUCUAAAUGUGGUUUGUGAAGUACGGGCUUUAAACUAGUAGAAUGACUGGACUGGGUGUUCGUUAGUCAUAGAAAAUCUAACCCUGGUCCAUAUUGGAUCUGAAUUUGUACAUCAUUUAAAUAUUUUUCAGCUAAAUGAAUAAAUCGACUCUUUAUUUUCCCGUUGGAAGUGGUUUUUUGAAGAGGUACCAAAGCAAACUUUGUUUUCUGUAUUGCGACCGAACCACUCGCCUAGUGGUUUGGUCACUUUGUAUUUUAUUGUUCUUUUCACAUUAUUCCCCAAUAAUCAGCUGUACCUUUUUGUAUAAAUUGUAUUAUUAAUGGAGAAACAUGUCUGGAUUUUAACUAAAUUAAAAAUAUGAAAAUAUGAA